UCUCCCGGGGCUGCUGCACAUCCUCCCAGUCGUCGGUGAGCGUGUGGAGGCUAGAAGACCCACAACACCAAGUCUUGUGGGCUUCGGCCUCCUGGCGCUUGUCCAUCUCAGCCAAGAAGCGGCCCGCGGCCUGAACUUGUGGAGAACGGACACCUGGCCCAGGUGGAUGUCGACGGCCGGGCCCUCCACAAAAGGGCGCGCCUUCGUGUACGGCCUGCUGUGUCUGUUCAGAGGCUCGUCAGCAUCAUUACGUUCCACUUUUCACUGCUGGUCUCUCAGGAUGAGAGGACCUGGUUGGAAUUCUUGUUGGGAAUGCUGUUGUGGGACUCCUCUAGGUCCUUCAAGUGUGUCUCCAGACUACCUCAUUGGCGCCCCAAGUUAUGUGCUCCCUUGACGCUUCAGUGAUUGCUCUGUACUAUGGGGUACGAUUUAGUCAGCCACUUCAGUCCCUUCACAAGCUGGGUUCUUGGCUUCCACAGUGAGCCUGACGACGGGGCUCCCGCUGACUUUUGUCACCCGCAUGUUGUGAGUGUGCUGGAGGGCAUGAGGAUUCAGGGCUUCACCAGGAAUUGGUCCACACCCACCUGGCCCUGAUGUUCCCACAAAGUGCUUCCUUGGUAGCCUCCUCGUCUGGAUUUUUAGUGUCUGGCCCUAUUUAUGUGUAUCCUAGCAGGAUAAGUAAAAGUGCCUGAAAUUUUGUAGAUUCUCAACAAAUUCUUCUUGAAUUGAUUUGAAUCUUUGUUCACUCUGAGCAUCUGUUUAACCAUUACAGUUGGGCAUCAGGGUAGUCUGAGUACUGUCCUCAAAUGCAGGCAUCCUUAUGGUGUGGGUUUUUUCUUCACAUGGUGUAGUUGUUUUGAGGAGAAGUGAGCCUUCUGCUAGUGUCCAGGACCAAGAAGUGUACUCUGCUAGCUAUUUUUGAUGUAGAGGCUUGGACUCUGAAGUUUUCAUUAAUUCAAGAUCAAAAGAAACUUUAGAAAUGGAGACUAUAAAGGAGCAUAUUUCACAAACGUGUUUUUCGAGUUUCUACAGCCCUUGGAAGUCCUGAAGUAGUGAUGUGCGCUGUGGGCUCUCCAGGCAAGCUUUCUGCUACAUGAAAUGAGGAACUGAUGCCUGGCGAGUAUCUUGGAUUAUGAGAUGGAGUUCAAAGAUGGAAAUCAUUUCCUGAGGAUGGUAAACUAGCACGAUAGGAACCUUGAUCCCUGAUGAUACAGUGAAGAUGCCACAUUAGCUCUGGAUGGCCUUAUUCUGAACUUCUUUUUGGCUAAUAACCCACAUCAUGGAUAACUUAUUGGACUUUGCCUGAAAGGAGUCAUUAGUGCCUUUGGAUAUUUGACCAUCCUGGCCACAGGUUUUUUCAGAAUGAAUGGAAGGUCAUGCAGCAUGAAUCUCCUGCGGUCAACAGGAACCCCUCAGGGACCUGGAAUGGUCAGUGGCCAACACAUUCCUCCCUUGCGAGCCCACUCAGGGACUCCUGGCCCCUCAUCCUGUGGCAGCACACCAAGCCCUGCUAUCGGAGGCCUUGCUAACAGUAUCCAUCUCAAGAUGCCCUCAGGAGGAGGGAUGGCUUCUCAGAACAACAUGGCUGAGAGCCCUAUCCAUCUACCUGCCUUGAGCCCUAGGAGACAAGUGCUCACCAAUGGGAAGCCACGAUUCCAGGUCACUCAGGCUGGAGGCAUGUCAGGGCCACACACUUUAAAGCCAAAGCAGCAGGAGUUUGGAAGUCCUUUUCCAACAAAUCCUGGCAAAGGGGCUCUUGGCUUUGGGCCUCAGUGCAAGUCCAUUGGAAAAGGCAGCUGCAACAAUCUAGUGGUCACCAGCAGUCCCAUGAUGGUUCAGCGACUGGGACCCAUUUCACCUCCAGCAAGCCAGGUCUCUACAGCAUGCAACCAGAUCAGUCCUAGCUUACAGAGGGCAGUGAAUGCAGCCAACCUGAAUAUACCUCCUUCAGAUACCAGGUCCCUUAUUUCUCGUGAGUCUUUGGCGUCCACUACUUUGAGUCUGACGGAAAGUCAGUCUGCACUGAGCGUGAAACAAGAGUGGUCCCAAGGCUACAGGACCCUCCCUUCACUCUCCUCGAACCAUGGCUCUCAGAAUGGCAUUGAUCUAGGAGACCUCCUAAGCCUUCCUCCUGGGACAGCCAUGUCCAGCAACAGUGUCUCUAAUUCAUUGCCACCCUACCUUUUUGGCAUGGAAAAUAGCCACUCUCCAUACCCUAGUCCCAGGCACUCUUCAGCCAAGUCCCACUCAGCCCGCUCCAAGAAGAGAGCGUUGUCUUUGUCUCCCCUGUCUGAUGGCAUUGGGAUUGACUUCAAUACCAUCAUUCGCACCUCACCCACAUCCUUGGUCGCCUACAUCAACGGGUCGAGGGCUUCGCCGGCCAACAUGUCCCCGCAACCAGAGGUCUAUGGGCAUUUCCUGGGGGUGCGUGGCAGCUGCAUUCCCCAACCGUGUUCAGUGCCGAGCAGCCAGAAAGGUGUGCGGGUGGCCAGCGGAGGGCUGGCACUCCCCGUCUACUGCGAGGAUGGCUCGCUGGAGUAUGAACGCAUGCAGCAGCUGGAGCAUGGGGGCCUCCAGCCUGGCUUGGUCAACAACAUGGUGGUGCAGCAUGGCCUGCCGGGUCCCAAUGGCCAGUCAGCCGGCCUGCUGAAGACUGAACGCCUGGAUGAUUUUCCCAGUAGUGCCCUGGACCUGCCCCCAGCGCCGUCUCUGCCUUCUCUCCCACCACCACCCCAAGGUCCCCCACCUCCCUACCAUGCCCACUCACACCUGCACCACCAAGAGCUUGUCUCCCACACACAGCCACUGACCCUGCCUCAGGCUGUCCUGGAGGAGGAUGGGGAGAUGGACGACAUUGGGGGCAAGCACUGCUGUCGCUGGAUCGACUGCAGUGCCUUGUAUGACCAGCAAGAGGAACUUGUGCGGCACAUCGAGAAGGUUCACAUAGACCAGCGCAAAGGGGAAGAUUUCACUUGCUUCUGGGCCGGUUGUCCUCGCAGGUACAAGCCAUUCAACGCGCGCUAUAAACUGCUGAUUCACAUGAGAGUCCACUCUGGAGAGAAGCCCAACAAGUGUUCGUUUGAAGGUUGCAAAAAGGCCUUUUCAAGGCUUGAAAAUCUCAAGAUUCACUUGCGGAGCCACACUGGUGAGAAGCCGUAUUUGUGCCAACAUCCAGGCUGUCAGAAGGCCUUCAGUAACUCCAGUGACCGCGCCAAGCACCAGAGGACACAUCUGGACACUAAACCCUAUGCUUGUCAAAUUCCAGGAUGCACCAAACGCUACACAGACCCAAGUUCCCUCAGAAAACAUGUGAAGGCACAUUCUUCCAAAGAUCAACAAGCAAGAAAAAAGUUGCGGUCCAGCGCAGAACUUCAUCCUGAACUGCUCACCGAUUGCCUCACUAUGCAGCCCCUGCAGUCGGCCACUUCCCCCAGAGAUGCUGCUGCUGAUAGAGCUGUGGGGCGCUCCCCAGGGCCUGGGCCUGACCUCUAUUCAGCUUCCAUUUUCUCCAGCAAUCAUUCAAGUAGAAGCGGAACAGCUGCUGGGGCCGUGCCACCCCCACAUCCUGUCAGUCACCCUUCUCCGGGACAUAAUGUACAGGGGAGCCCCCACAACCCCUCCUCCCAGUUACCUCCACUCACAGCUGUGGACGCCGGAGCUGAGAGGUUUGCACCUUCUGCUUCCUCUCCUCACCACAUAAGCCCCCAGAGAGUGCCACCUCCUUCUUCACUAAUGCAGAGAACACAGCCUCCCCAUAACCAGCAGCCAUCAGGAUCACACCUCAAGUCUUAUCAGCUAGAAGCAAACUCUUCUUUUCAACCAAAUGGAAUCCAUGUCCAUGGAUUUUAUGGACAGCUGCAGACAUUGUGUCCCCCCCAUUACCCGGACUCCCAGAGAACCAUGCCGCCCAGCAGUUCCUGCAGCGUGGUACCUGCCUUUGAAGACUGCUUGGUCCCCACAUCCAUGGGCCAGGCUGGCUUUGAUGUUUUCCACAGAGCCUUCUCAACUCACUCGGGCAUUACAGUGUAUGAUCUGCCUUCGGGUUCCUCAAGCCUCUUUGGUGAGCCUAUUCGCAGUGGGCCUGAAGAUGCCACGUUCUUACAGAUCAGUGCUGUGGACCGUUGUCCUAGCCAGCUCUCCUCUGUUUAUACUGAAGGCUAAAAAGCAUCCUGAUCUCCACUACCACUGGCAUCAAGAACCUUUUUAUUGCUUGCCACCUUUUGUUUUCAUACUUUCAUAGAUUAUAUGAAAAAAGAUGUCAAUUGAAUCAGCGGAAACUGCAAAGUCACAGUAUCUCUUUGGAAGGCUGGACUGGAUGGUCCGAGCUCGGCUUUGCAGCAAUGUUUUCAGUGGUUCCUUCUUCUCUGGGUUUGCUGGACCAGGCGACUAGCAAGACUGUCUUUUCAUAAGGGUUUGUAAAGCAUCACUCUACCGGAUACCUGUUACAUCCUGGCUGUCAACCCUGAAAGGACACCAGUGAAAUGAUGUGCAUGUGAAAAUGUAGUUAGGGGGUCACCCUUGCUGAAACUAUCCCAAAUAGAGAAACACAACCCAAAUUUCUAGGAGCACAGUGAACCCGGUGCUCUUCUUCCUCAGUAAUGGUCCAGGCAGUGCCAGGCACAACAAGGAAAAUAAUCCACAUCCAAGGCACAGCAUGGACUCAACUCUCAGAGAAACUUGGGUUACCCAACACAGCCUGGCAUUCCAGCGAGCUGGCUGCCUCUCUGCUCUUAGAUAUCCCCAUGCUGCCAGUUGCUUUCUUUGUUUCUCCAAAAGCGAAAUAAGAAGGUUCUGUCAAGCACGGCCCUUGAAAGGAACUACAACUUGUUUUAUGGUCCAGAAACUAUCUUAUUUUUUUUUCAUCUUGAAGACUUGUUAUUUACACCUACUUUAAAAGGAAAAAAAAAUAUUUAGAGUUCUGUCCUUUGGAUACACAUUAUUUUAAUCUCCCCAGCUACAUACAUUUCAGCACAGCUGUAAUUCUGCCUGACCCUGAACCCUCGCAGCACCUGUGAACAACCCUGGAAUGUUACUUUUGCAUUUAGCAAAGCCUACCUGAUGGAAAUGGGUGGACACACCCCUUCCCUGUGCUGCCGCAGAAACCCUUGUGGUUGACUGUUCAGCAAUUCCACCUCGAAGACCUUAUUCAGAUGAAAAGGUUACCUGACUGGCUCACCCAUCUUCUCCUCUCUGGUGCUCUGCCCAGAGACAUGCUGGAAGAUGUGAAAACAGAGACAUACUGAGUCAUGUUCCUGGCUUCUCUUGGAGAACCAAAUUAGAGAUGCCCAGUGUCCGGUUAUUUUGCACAGCCUCACUUUCCUUUAGGAUAUCCAUCCAUUCUGUCUGUCUGUCUCUCCUUUACACUUUGCCUUGCCCUUUUUUGCAUUGUUUUUACCCUCUUCCUGAUUGUGGUUUAGACUUGCCCACUGUGCACCGUUGCCUGAUCAUCCACUAUUGGCAAGGUCUGACCUGAGGCAGGUAGAGGAAACAGUUCUGGAAAGAUGGCAGAAGAAGGUAACCUUUCUUCUGAAACUCUGGUUUGAGGGCCUGGAAUUUUCAGAGCAUUUGGCCAUUGAAUGUCACCUGAAUAGGAAGCCAUUUUCUGUGACACCUGUGCAACACUAUUCAAAAUCUCCUGAGUCCUUUGAAACGGGCUGCAAAAAUUACCCAGAUCCCAAAGACAGCCAGUAAAUGCUGACCUUCUGGUACUGUCAUAUUUCAUGGUUUCUUUUCUCUCUUUAAAAAUCUUUUCUGAACAAAAAAGAAACAAGGCUAUUUGUCAAACUGAAAUAAUUAUAAUUUUCAACAAGACAAUUAAACAGCUUGGUGUCAGACUUGGGAUCCAGUGACAGUUUGUAUCCUGACAAACGAGUCCUUCCCGUCUGGCUGCAGUCAGUAGUGUCGGGCCUGUUUCUGGACUUCAUUCCAACAUGCACUAGAAUAAGGUGAAGAAAGACCCAAGUGUGGGUUCCUCUUUUACAAUGCACUGCAUCAACCUAGUUUCUCUGACUAGUGGGCUCUGACCUGAGAAAAGACAUUCAAGUCUGCAAAAGAAAUGAGUUGUUCAUUUUACCAAAAUCUGCUCGCUUUACGAAAAGAUACAUGACAGGUAUCUUUCCCAAAUGAGCUGCCAAACUGCAUGUAAAGUCCCACCCUUCUUGCAGACUUUGUGUGGGUCCUGUCACUUGACCUAAACAAGGACACAUGCAUGUUAACACUGGCAUCCCUCGUAUUGUCCUUUUUCAUACCCUGGAAAGAAAGGAAAUCUCUCAUAUCUUUAGAGACAGUCUAUCCAGUCUUAAAUACCGAAGCCUUUACAAGGAACUAAAAACACAUUUCAUUUGUGUGAUGAGGAGGAAAAAGAUGAAAAGGUAAGGUUGCUGUUAAGUUGAUGUUGUCAGUCCUGCCUUCUGGCUUUAUUAAUUCAAAGUGGAAAGGAGGAAGGAGAAAGCCCAGAAACUGAGUCUCAGAAACUAUGGAUGUCCUUUCCCUCUUUGGCUGCUCUUAGGCUGGAGGAGAUGGUGAUGUGUCAGUUUCUGGUCAUAAUGUGGCCUGUCACAGUGACCCUACCCUCCCUUUCCUCAGGGUAGAUAAAGGAAGAUAGGAGGUAUUGGCCACCUUCCUACAAGGCCAUCUUCCUCAGCAGGAAUUCAGGCUGGCCCCUGAGGGGCAUUCAUGUUAGCAGAGCAAGUGUGUAAGAAACAGGACCCAGUGCAGUGGAACAUCACAAACCCUCUCCUACCCCUCAGUGUAUCCUGAUGCAAAUUUGAGCUGAGGGCUUCAGGACAUGACACACUCAAGUUCUUUCUAGAGUACACAUGCUGUCUUUCGAUUCCAGGAUCUCCCCUGACCUGUCCCUUGCUUGCUUUCACAUUGCAGAACAUUUAUAUAUGCUUUCCAUGAUUAUGUUUGUAGCAAUAAAAGUGGAAACCUCAAAUAAUCAUUCCCUGCCAUUUCCUAGCCUUUUUAGUCUUGAUAUGGUAUUUUCAUAAACAUCCAAACGUAGAUUGUCAUUCCCCUUUAAAAAAAAAAUAAUCUGGUGCUUGUGAAAAUACACCCCAAAGCCAAUUAUCCUAUUCCAUUAAAAAAAAAAAAAAUCAGUGUGCCUAGAGACAUUUUAUUUGCUGCAUUGUCUUAAUUCCCUAAAGGGACUGCAUGAAAAUGUCAGUUGUAAUUUAGCCACUGAUUAGCUGUUAAAUAUUAUUUAAAUAUUUACUAUUCCUGUGGGGUAUCUCCCUUCUCCUGUGUCUCCCCCAAAUUACAUAGGUGAUUCUAAAGUGGGCAAAAGGUCUUCAGUGGAUCACAGCACAGUUUCUGCUGAUAACAGAGUGCUGUUCUGUUGUUUUUUGAAUCCUCUGAUGUCAAGCACAUUAGUGUACUAGGACAGAGGUUCAAUGCCCCUAUCUGAGAACCUUGACUUUACAGUUGCCUUGAAGUAUUGGGAUAGUGGUUGUAAAUGUUCAAUUUAAUUAUUUGGUGUUUUAUUUGACAGUUUUGACCACGUCAUUUUAUAACAACAUUUUUUAAUGGCACUUUUUGUUGGUGGUGUGGAAUAUCUGCAGUCACUUUUUUUUUUUUUUUUGCAAUGAAUAAAGCAAAAAAAGAAAAAGAAAACCACUCAUUGGAGAAAUGGCUAGUGUAAAAAAGAAGAGAUUCCUUUUGUAUAGACAGCAAAGCAUCCUGUGUAAUGUUGCUGACAUAAAGCACUUUGGGGGAAAAAAGUGGAAAUCUGUUUUCCAUAAAUCACACAGACUCUUGUACAUAGUUAUAUAUACUCACGUAGAGAAAUGAACUGCAUAUAUCAUACUGGAUAUGGGGCCGAUUUUACUCUAGGGGCACAUCUGGUGCUUAUUGUCAUAAAUCUUUUAAAGAAUUAGGUACACUUUUUUUUCUAUUAAUAUGUAUAGUUUUGUGAUUUGUCACAGUUAUGUUUCAUAUAAUCAUAAGUUAUUUUGUCUUGUUUCAUGAAGUCCUUUUUUUAUGUCAAAAGUAAAAUGAAGGGAUUGUGCACUUGGUACAGAAUAAAACUGGAACUAGAGGAUACACCCGCCUGCCUGAAAUCCUCCUUUAGCAUGUUGUUUUAAAACACAAUGGCAACAACCGCUUUUUGUUUGUUUGUUUGUUUUAUUAUUUUGUUUUGUUUUACCAUCAGCCUCCUGAAUAUUGGGAUGGUAAUUAUAAUUAAAAGCAGAUGGGGGUGGGGGAGGGAAUGUCUAAGGCCAGCUUUAAAAUGCCGCAUUGCUUUGGGCCAGAGCUGCAGCCUGGAUUUAAUUAUAGAUAUGAGGACGAAAUGGCAGUAAAAAUGAAUGUGUCCCUGAAUCCUUUACAUGUUGGGAG